ACAGCGCCUCCUAACAGUGGCUUUCCAUGUUUCCCGCCAGAGGGCCGCGUGGAGGUCAGCAAGGAAGGGAAGGUGCUGUGCUACAUGUCCCCCGGCAAGGUCUUCGGCGAGCUGGCCAUCCUUUACAACUGCAAGAGAACAGCCACCAUCAAAGCCGCUACAGCAUGCAAACUCUACGCCAUCGACCGCAAGUGCUUCCAAACCAUUAUGAUGAGGACCUGUCUCAUCCGCCAGGCAGAGUACACCAACUUCCUCAAGAGCGUGCCCACCUUCCAGUCGCUACAGGAGGAGACACUCAUCAAGAUCGCCGAUGUCUUGGAAGAGACCUACUACAGCCAGGGUGACUACAUCAUCCGCCAGGGGGCGAGAGGCGAUACCUUCUUCAUCAUUAGUAAAGGCAGGGUACGGGUGACUAUGAAGAACCCCGGUACACUGGAGGAGAAAUACAUCAGGAACCUGGAGAAGGGAGAGUUCUUUGGCGAGAAGGCGCUCCAGGGGGAGGACAUCCGCACAGCCAACAUCAUUGCCGACGACCCCGACGGCGUGACGUGUCUGGUGAUCGACCGCGACUCCUUCAAGCAGCUCAUCGGCAACCUGGAGGAGAUCAAGCAGUACUAUGGGCCCGACAUCUCCAGGAGAAAGAUGAACGAGGAGUUUGCCAGCAUUAAGCUCACAGACCUGCGCAAGAUUGCCACGUUGGGCGUCGGUGGCUUCGGUCGAGUGGAACUUGUACAAAUCGCCGGGGACUCAAGUAAAUCCUACGCCCUCAAGCAGAUGAAGAAGAGUCAGAUCGUGGAGACCCGCCAGCAGCAGCACAUAAUGUCAGAGAAGGACAUCAUGAUGGAGGCCAACUGUGACUUCAUCGUUAAGCUCUUCAAGACCUUCAAGGACCGCAAGUACCUCUACAUGCUGAUGGAGUCCUGCCUCGGAGGGGAGCUCUGGACGAUUCUCAGGCGCCAGGAGCAUCGCCAGCAGCGUGGACUCGGCUUUGGUUGCGUGUUGAGGGACCGAGGGAACUUUGACGACCAGACCACCAGGUUCUACACGGCCUGCGUGGUGGAGGCGUUUGACUACCUCCACUCACAAGGCAUCAUCUACCGCGACCUCAAGCCAGAGAACCUCCUCCUUGAUCUCAAAGGAUACGUUAAGCUCGUAGAUUUUGGAUUUGCCAAGAGGCUACAGGUGGGCAGGAAAACGUGGACUUUCUGCGGCACCCCCGAGUACGUGGCCCCGGAGGUCAUCCUUAACAAGGGCCACGACAUCUCCGCCGACUACUGGUCCCUCGGCGUCCUCAUGUUUGAACUGCUGACAGGCACCCCUCCCUUCACUGGGCCGGACCCCAUGAAGACCUACAAUUCCAUCCUGAAGGGCAUCGACGCCGUGGAGUUCCCCAGAAACAUCACACGGACGGCCAACGCUCUCAUCAAACGCCUGUGUCGGGACAACCCGGCCGAGCGCCUCGGCUACCAGCGGGGAGGCAUUAAGGACAUACAGAAGCACAAAUGGUUCGAAGGGUUCUACUGGGACGGGCUACAGAACCGCACCCUCAACCCGCCCAUUGUGCCCAACGUGCGCUCGGUCGUGGACUGCAGCAACUUCGACGAGUACCCUCCAGAUAACGACGGCCCGCCCCCGGACGACAACUCAGGCUGGGACAUAGAUUUCUAAAGCCGCCACCUCCGCCCCCCCCGCGAGGACGCCAGUGCCUGAAGACAAUCUAUAGUUAUAUAUGCUAAUAUAUAUAUAACAAUAAUUUCACCUUUGAGGUUAAUGUUGAUAUUUUGUAAGAGUUUUUAUCGUCAAGAAGAGUUUAAAAAAAUGAGUGGAUUUCUUACUCUCGAGAAGAUGGAUUGUGUUGUCUCAAAUGUCCCCCCCCCCCCUUAGCACAGUCCCCAGUUUGUGUCUCCAUGAGCUGCGACAAACUUACCACCACCAGUCUUACUACUAAAGCAAAGGGUACAGAGAAUAGUUCUGGCUGCUUUCGGGAAUUUAUCAUUGUCGAGGAAAAGAAGGUUAUGUGCGAGAGAGAAGAGGAAAGAGAAGAACCAGCAAGAGGAGAGAAAUGAAGCCCAAUGUUCAUCAUCACCAGUGACUUAGUUCUUAGUCAGGAGGGCACAGCAGCAGGGGCCAUGUUCUUUUUUUUCUUCUUUUUUUUUUUUAAGUGUUUACUUAAGCUGUGUCUGAAACUACCAAUCCACGUAUCACUGUCCCUAUCGAAGAGUUUUGACCAUAGAUGUGCCACAGAUUUACCAUUAGAAGUCUAUUUUCAUCUACUCUGUUGUGUGGUGUAGGGACGCAGUACCUCAGUGUACUCGCAGGAUUUAUUGACGUGAACGGAACCCGACGCGUUAUCUAGAGACUUAAGUGUUUCCGGCAAGAAACCGCUAGAGCUUAAUACUUGAUCAUGAGUGUGAGAACUUACUCAGGAAAACGACUAAGGUGCCUUGUCCCCGUGACCCAACCAGCAACAGCUUGCCUGUGGCCAGCCAUCACUGCAAAGGUUGUUAUUUACUACUAUUGCAUUCUCCCUGUUUUGCCAGAUAUACGCCUUUCUAACGUUACUGUCUCUAACAAUUGGUUGCAGUCUGACCACAACUGUGUAUUGCAGGAGGAAGAGUAUUCAUGAACACACGCAUUAGAAGUGUCUGUAAUUGAUUGGUUGAAGCUUUUCAUGUUCACAUCUCUUUCCUGACCAAAUGAUGGACUUGUAAUUCCAUCCUUCUUCAUUGUACACACAAACGGAGUGGACCUGACCCACUCGCAGUGCAAAAUCCUGGUGCAGAUAUUGCUCACUCUGCAGCAUUUGGUGCAACACUGUGUUAGAAGUGCUGCUGCACCUCACAGUGAGCCCUGGUGAGUGUGCUUCCGCCAUGUUUGCUACAGCCCGGGACCGUCACUGAGGCUGUUUUAUUUUCAAAUCACAAUGUGCACAAAGCAUUGAAACCCGUAUUUGUUUAUGACUUUAUAGGUUGAAUAAAAAGUAUUUAACAAAAUUCUGAGUAAAAUCAGUCACAAAAUAUUGAUAUAGGAUGAAUGAUUAUAUAUUUUGUAUAAUAAUAAUAACAGUGCUGCUUUGAAUCAAUCUUUUAUUUGGCUUCAGCCCAUUGAGACUUGAGACAAACAUUGAAGUCAUAAAAUAUUUGCAAACAAACAUAAAACACAAGACCUGCCUGGGAGGUUGCCGAGGGGUGCUGGCGGUGGGAGGGCAGAGUACAGUGUGCUGGUAACUCAGUGUUGCGUCAGGUGCCACCAGGAGUGUGCUUCGUUGCUUGAUUGCAUUUAUUGCGUCCUUGUUAGUCUGUGAAACAAAACUACACUUCAUAGUUUCAUUUCUCCAUUUUUGCCUCUUACUGUAUUUUGCAACAUAUAAGAGCAUUAGGUGUCCAGAUGCAAACCUAAGUGUCUUGCAGAAACCUGUCUUCUAGAAUAUUGCUUCGUGUAAGGGUCAAGCUUUACACACAGAAUGGGAAGUGUUGUUUCCUGAGAGGCAGUUAUAAUUUAUGCCUAAUGUAUUGUUCAGUACAUUUCACAUCACAGUACAAUCACAUUAUUCUGCCUUGGUCCCCACCAGUGCCAGGCAGUAAGUCAGUAGCAGUACGAAAGCUCAUGCCAUACAGAGACUGAUUCCUCAAACACAGAGGUUGUGAAGUGCUGUGUUUUUGCUACAUGGUGACCUUACAACUUCAAUGAUGUGACUAAUUAAUAUGUCUUGUUUUGGAUGUAGAUUUCUUUCAUAAUUGAGUUUGUUUAUCAAGAGUUUUGUGUGUUGCAAAAUACAGUGAACUAAAGUCUUUGGUUCCACUUAUUCUUUGGUGGAUUUUCCUCUGCAGGAGAUACAGUGUAUACUCACAGCAAAGCCCAUCAUGUGAGGCAAAGAUUGAACUCACAAGAAAAGUAGUAGUAGUAGUAAUAGUUGUAGUAGUAGAAUUAGUAGUAGGUAGUAGUGGUAAGCCCCUAGAAAAAUAGUAUGGAAAAGUAGACUCUCUAAACUCCCCUUUGCCGUGAGUAUGCCCAGUACCUGCUGCUGCUGCUGCCAUCUGUUGAGUUGCAAUGAGUCCGUACAGAGCCACGUGGCAGCGAUGGCGACGACCACACUUCACUUGGUGCUUUCUUGGUGGACUUGCUAUGUGCACUGCCACCCAAAAAAAUUACCCCUUCUCAAACCAUGCUGCUAAAUAAGAUUGCAUUCACAUUUUCAUUCUGCCAUUUCGGUGUAAAAGGAAUAGACGUUUUUGUUUCUUAUUGGUGGGAAAAGAAAAGUCAUGUCAGUGUUCUUUACUUGAGCGAUGUGAUUUGGAAAAAUCGGCUACUUUUGCGAGCUUUGUGUAGCCAGUCAGCUGUUGUUGUGACUAUUCGAUGUUCCGUUCUUCACUAGCCAAGGGUAACAGCCCAAUGCAAUGCUUCACAAAACAGGCUGGAGAGCUGUUUGGUGCUACGACGUGAAUGAACAGCUGUAUUGGUGACCGCCCGAGCCAGGGGUAGACAGAGCCCAGCCACCUUGAGCCCUGGGGUGACACACACAAGGGUUACCAGGUGAUAAUCAUGUAGUUAGGCAAACAAGCUUCGACAAAGACAAAUUCUAACUUGCAAUAACACAAAUUAGCAGCAACGUUACACCUAGACAGCUUUGUAGCGCCCAUGUGGCUCAGGGUGACGGCUCUUGGUGAUCCCUCGAGGCCUCCAGUGAGGGUUUAAGGGCCAUGGAGGAAGCAACGGACCAUGAAUGGAUACUCUUCCUGUUAUUCAUCCCGUAAAAAGAAGUGUACAUAGAUUUUUAUUUAAUGUGAAUGGUGCUUGGAAAUAUCUCUUUAAAAACUGUAGGAAACUGUAGUUCCUUCCCUAUAAGGUUGUUCUCGUGGUCUGUGGGCUCUGUUAUAGUGUUACGCUGUUUGGGUGUCACUGCUGCCACUGUCUGUGGAGGCAUUUUAUUAUCAUUAUCAUUAUUAUUAUUAUUAUUAUUAUUGUUUUCGUCAUCUUGAUUCCAUAUUUCUCGUCACGUCAGCGGUGCUAUUACUUCAAUGUGAAUGUGAAGGUGUCAGGCUAAAUAUUAUUUUGUUGAUUAUUAUUAAAAUAUUUUUCCAACCUCUUUGUCAGUUAAGAAUUACUUGAAGAAGGUGAUAAAGCCCCAAAGAACUAAACAACAGCAACAGCUUGCAACAGAAAUCCACAUAACAUAUAUUUUUAUAUAGAAUAUAAAGUUCCAUACAUGAAUAUAUAUAUUUAUUUACUUGCAUAAAUUUGUAAAAUUGCAAAAGGUUGCAGGUACAGACCUUUGCUUUAGUACCCAUUUACAGUGUUGAACGAUGUGAAUUAUAACUUUCUACACCAGACUCCUCAUGGACUGCCUCGUGUGCCGGGCAACACCCGGCGCGCGGACUUGUGAAUUUUAUAAACUUUGAAAGCUGUUAUA